AUGCGUCCCUCAAGAAGCCUGCGUCCAGGCCAAGGAAGUCAGGCACGGGAAUCUGGUCGUGGAAGGGGCGCGUCCUCCCAUAAUCAGACUACGUCACGAAACUACCGCAACGAACGAGAUUACCAAAACCUCGAUACGCUACCGCCCCCAGCGCACUGGCUGCAACCUACACCGGCGAUAGUUCAGUACAACUUUCACCACCAUCUGCCAAUAGGAGGAACAAGUCAGGUUGUGCAGACGCAUUCAAGCACAGGAUAUAUUGUGGGCGAUGUGUUUGUACCGAUAUCAAGCACCAUAACUACGACUGUAUCCACUGAGUCGCAUAUGGAAUACGGGUCACCACUGGAGGCGUACAGUCCAGCAAGUGAACCACCAGAACCUUUGCCAUCCCAUUUGGACAGCCAUUAUUUCGACAAUGUCGGCUCACAAUUCGCUGCUGAGGGCACUCCAUCGCUAGCCGCAAGCGAUGGAUCAGGCGACUAUACUGGUAUACAGGACGACCGCAGCCCAUAUCCUCCUGUCAUGGACGUUGCUAAUGACGGCAGAGCUGGAGGCUUCGACCCAGCUAGAAUGCCAGACCUGAACAAAGGAGGUGAGGUUGACUCCGACCGAACCGAUUUGUUGCCAUCGGACCCCUCCAGGGCUUAUUUGGAAUCAUUUCCUGAUGAAGCCUGGCUUCGCCCAAUUCCGCUACGCAUACGGCGUGCUUCUACAUUCCCGCUGUUGGGCCAGUAUGGGGAUGCUACUGAGAAUCUGGCGGAUAACCUAGAAACACUGCAAGUAACGACUGGUUGA